AUGAAUUACCAGACCCUCAGUAUGGCAAGUAAUGCCUCUUUACCACGGCCAGAGGCCACGGAUAGGCCAUCUUCACCUGGUCAGGUUGCAGACCCACGCGACGACGUCGCCGUGCCUAGCUCCGGGCGAGCACAAACCACCUCCGCUCAGAGCUUCACUCCCCGCUCGCUGAUUGUCGGCCUUAUAAUCGGCGCUCUGAUCACCUUCUCCAAUACCUACUUCGGUCUGCAGACGGGAUGGAUUAGCACGAUGGCUAUGCCGUCGGCAUUGAUAGGCUUUUCGGUCUUUAAAGUCCUGACCAAGUACCUCUCCUUCCCGUUUACGCCGAUUGAGAACGUCCUUAUUCAGACGGUGGCGGGAGCGGUGGGCACCAUGCCGCUGGGCUGUGGGUUCGUUGGCGUGAUCCCCGCCUUGGAGUUCCUGCUCAAAGACGGUGAAGACGGACCGAUGGGGGAUGGCGGCGAAGGCGAGGGCGGCCCGCUGAAACUAGGCUUUUGGAAAUUGGUGGUUUGGAGUCUCGGAGUCUGCCUGUUCGGCGUCGUCUUUGCCGUGCCACUACGGAAGGAAGUCAUCGUACGCGAGAAGCUACGGUUCCCCAGUGGUACUGCGUCUGCACUAAUGCUGCGGGUCCUGCACGGUACAGGCAAAGAUGAGAAGACACCCUUGGAUGCUCAGAGUCGCUCUACCGGGCUAGGCGAGCCUGGAGAUGACGAGCAGCAAGGUCUGUUGUUGAAAGAUGCAGACACCGAAGACCAGUCAUUGGAUAGGAAAGAUUGGCGAUCGAAGAUGCGUCUCUUGAUCGGGGCCUUUGUGGUCUCUGGUAUUUAUACCCUUUUCUCCUACUUUGUUCCUCUGGUUCGCGAUAUCCCCUUGUUUGGGUUGGGACUUGCCCAUAAUUGGCUAUGGACUCUCAACCCAUCGCCUGCGUAUAUCGGCCAGGGUAUUAUCAUGGGCCCAUCAACCUGUAUGCACAUGCUCUUUGGAGCCGUGCUGGGUUGGGGAAUCCUAUCACCACUGGCCAGGGCUCGUGGCUGGGCCCCCGGACCGGUGGAUAGCUGGGAUGACGGGAGCAAAGCAUGGAUAGUAUGGGUUUCUCUAGCCAUCAUGCUUGCAGACUCACUCGUCAGUCUCGGAUGGCUCGUGAUCAAGCCUGUCGUCAGCCGGGCUCCACGGUGGAUUGCUAUCCUCCGAUCUACUCGGGCUGGCCAGUGGAUUGCAGUGCGGCUCGUGUCAUCGGGGUCACACGAGCACUCUUAUAUCAAUUACUCUGCGUUGGAUUCUGGUAACAAUGAAGUGGCCCACGAAAAUCUGGACGGUGUCCAUGUGCAGGUCACCACACAUACAGAGGAAGACGAAGAUGCGCCUCCUUCCCAGCUAAUCUCCACCCGCACGGUCGUGAUUCUCCUUCCUCUUACCUUGAUCUUGAACGUCGUCUGCAUGCACUAUGCAUUCGGUGACAUCAUUUCCCCAUGGCUGUCCAGUCUAGCUACACUUCUUGCGGUUCUCCUUUCCAUCAUGGGCGUGCGUGCGCUUGGUGAAACAGAUCUCAACCCCGUGUCGGGUAUCAGCAAGCUCACCCAACUACUUUUCUCACUGGCAACGCCGGCUUCGCACUUCUCCCGGCGGACAGCCUUGGUCACGAAUCUACUCGCCGGCGCUGUAUCCGAAUCUGGUGCACUGCAAGCCGGCGACAUGAUGCAAGAUCUCAAGACGGGCCACCUCCUUGGCGCCAGCCCCAAGGCGCAAUUCUAUGGUCAAAUAAUCGGAAGUCUUGUCGGCGCCGUACUCUCAACGGCUGUAUAUAAAAUGUACGUCAAUGUCUAUGAGAUUCCAGGAGAAAUGUUCCAGACGCCCACCGCCUACGUCUGGAUCUUCACUGCCCGCCUCGUCACGGGCGAGGGUCUCCCCCACAUGGCAUGGCAAGCAUCCGUCAUCGCAGGCCUUGUAUGGGUCCUUCUCACAGCCCUGCGAAUCAUGGCCGCAUCUCCUUCUUUCGCACAAAACGGCCAACCCCCAGCCUGGAGAAAUUGGAUCCCCGGCGGUAUCGCCGUGGCAGUGGGUAUCUUCAACGUCCCAUCUUUCACCCUGGCCAGGGCGAUAGGUGGUGUGAUUGCGUGGUGGUGGGCGCGGAAGCACGCGCAGCCGGCCCAUCAACCUAGUUCCGUCGAUAUCGCCGAUGGAAUCAAUUCCUCUUCUGCAGACGCGCCUUCGGCACUGCAAUCUGGACAGGGCGAUACCCCUUCUGCGGAAGAGGCAGCUGCGAAGGCAGAUGCAGCCUCUUCGACUGUCGUCGUGUUGGCGUCUGGUCUCAUCCUUGGAGAGGGAAUUAUGAGUAUUGUGAAUCUCCUUCUUGCGAGUGGUCGGGUUCCUCAUCUAUAA